AUGGUAUUUGGUGAGGUUUCGUCCGUGUACUCCGCUGGCGAGGACGGUAGCUCGUUCCGACAGAUUGAACUGUUUCACAAUCUCGUUACAAGUCUAAAGGAGCAGCAAACGUUUUGUGCAAAACCGUGGAAUGAGAAAACGCUGGAUCUGUUCCAGACAUCGGUUGUGUAUUAUAGCACUGACGAUCUAAUCUGGGGGCCUUUCUUCAUUUGUAUCCUAAAGGAUAAAGAUCAAGACAAGAUAUGCUCCCUCGUUUUGGAUAAGCUUGGUAUUACCUUCUUCUCCAAUCUUGAUAUAACUUCAAACUCAAAAUAUUAUCCCGCAAUUGAGAACCUAGUGGCAGGGGAGCAAUCACCCAAUGUGCUGAAAUGUAUUGCCGUUUCAAUGUUGGAAAAGAUAACGCACCUGUCUCCCAAACAAAUAAAGACAAUCGCUCCCUCAUACUUGCCUAGUGCUGUUGAGUACGAUCAAACACAUGCUGGUGAGUUGGCAGAUAGCUGUAAGCUAUUCACUGCGCUGACUCCAAGGAAGUUUGGUGAGUUUUUAUACGACUGUGGCCUUUUGGGGGAAAAAGUGGUAAAGUCCCUGCUGUUAGACGUUGUUUAUGAAAACAACCAGGAUUACAUUGACGACAACAACAAAUUGGUAUCACACCUGGGUGAGCAACUCGAGCAGCUGUUUAACCCGAUUACCGAAUAUUCCCCUGAGCAAACGGAAUAUGGCUAUAGGCCACCUGAGGGAGACAGGCCCACAGAGAAAGAUGGCAAGUUAAUUAAAACCAUUGUAAACGAGCUGCUCCAAUUUCAGUCGAAUUUCACUUUCAAUCUUGUCGAGUUUCUUCAAAAUUUCCUGAUACCACUGAGGAUUAAAGCUUUAAAUGACGAAAUUCCAGGUCUGUCUACCGUUAAGUUGAACAGACUCUUCCCACCUACAAUUGAUGAAGUGACAAGAAUUAACUGUAUAUUUCUGGAUUCACUGAAACUAGCGAUUCCCUAUGGUUCUUUGGAAGUGUUGAAUGCAUGCAGUCUUACCAUUCCUUACUUCUACAAAGCGUACACGAGACACGAAGCAGCAACAAAGAAUUUCAGCAAAGAUAUAAAGCUCUUCUUGAGAAACUUCCAAGAUGUCAUACCUCAAAAGAAGGUGUAUACCGAGCUGAAGAUUGAGACUAUAAUGAAAGGCCCACAAGAGAAGCUUUUGAAAUUGAAGCUAAUCAUUGACCGCAUAUGGCAGAAGAAGGAGAAAUGGACCACUGAAGAAAAUGAGAGGACAGCUAAAAAGUCAUUCGAUAACAUCAUCGACGUUAUUGAUUCGUUUGGGAAAUUGGAAAAGCCAACCAACUCCUAUAGCACGAGGGUUUUCACACCGUCAGGUAAGUUGCUUACCGAGUUGGCAAAGGGCUGGCCGGUUGAAUUACAGUAUAAAUGGCUGAAAAGGCGGGUAGUUGGUGUUUACGAUAUUAUUGACACCUCUCAGAUGGAAACGCGCAAGAUCUUGGUUAUCUUUAGUGACUACCUGGUGAUUCUGAAAAUAUCAGAUUAUAAAAAGUAUUACUUAUCAGACAUCAUAAAAAAGCCGCAGAUAUCCGAUAUUUUGAUGAACUCUUUGAUUAACGAGCAACCGUUACCGGCAAAACUUCCUAAAUUACAAGUGGAAAAUAGUUGCUACAUUGAUGAUGUCACAGUUUCCCUGUUUAAUGGUGAUUCGCUGAAGUUUGACGGUCUGAAGGGCGAGAAUGCUUUUUCCUUAACCUGUAAAUUGGCGGCACCUGAGUCAACCACAGCAAUUUACGUUGCAGACUUGAUUACAAAAGCAAAAGUUCUUGAAAAGGACACCGCCUUUCAUUUAUUCAAAGCUUCUCAAUUUGGUCAAGACCACAUAACGUUGUAUUCAACCGCUCACGAAUCGGAAGCGUAUAAUAGCGAAAGGAUAAAGUCUCCAUACGCCUUAUUCUUAAAUUGUAAACCGUCAGACGAUGUUUUGAAAAAAGGCAAGCUAGAAUUGGCAAUUUUUGCAAGAUUCGUAGAUCGAGACAAUGAAUUAGAGAAUCCAACUGUCCAACUCGAUGUUGUAUGUGUUAUGGAACCCGAAAGAUCUAUGGUAAUACAGGCGGAUGAAAUGGUAGAAACACUGAUCCGGAUACUCUCGCACUACAUUUCCAAUUUCUACUACUCCAUCAAUUCCAAAAACGCGCACAGUCUGAUGGUCUCUAAUCUUGAUUUGAUCAACAAAGUGAAGACUGCUACUGAACAGAUUACCCACGAACCCAUUAAUAAUGAGACCCCAAUAAAACAUGUUAGUGAGGAAUUGAAAAAGUCAUAUGGUACAAUCACAACGUUCAGAAGUGAUGUGAGUGACAUGAAGGACGCUGAAAAUAAAAGUUCUGCAAAUUUAGAAAGUGCGAACAAAGUUUCGUUGAAAGGCAUUGGGAAAGAGAAAUCUGUAACUGAGACAAAUAAAGCGAAAAAGACAGACGAACCAUCAAUGAGAAAAGAUACCACCACUAAACCAGCGAAGGUUACCAAUGCUUCAAAAUCUGGAAAGAAGAUAAGAGAAUCAGAGGUCAAGAAAUCUAGGACGAACGAGCACAAGAGAAAAAGUAUUAUUGGUGUCUUUAAAGAUAUGUUUGGCUCCAAAAAGAACAAGAACAAGAAGAGUCAAAUAAGUAGACCUGUAAUUGCGCCUCAGCAAAAGUCACCCAAAAAAUCAAACUUUUCCGAGGAAAACCAUAUGCCUACACCAACAUCCGAAAGGAAAAUUAAAUCGGCUACUACCACGCUGGAUAACAAACCCAGAUCUGCAAAUACAACCCCAACUCUAAAUGCAAAUGAGCCAAUCUACAAUAACAACCUAGAUACCCCCGAGCAACUAAGAAUAUCAUCAGUUGUGAGAAAUAUGAACUAUACAGGUAAUCCAGUACUGUCUAAUUGGAAAGAUAGAGUUUCUGAACCACAGAAUGACGUUUCUGUAGAACAGUCGGGAUUGCUUACUGAAAAUGCACCCGGGUCAUUGCAAAAGACGAUUAUUUCCAAAACGAAUAAACAAUCUGAGUCUCCAGUAUUUAACGAGGCUCACGAAAAACAGCACUCUACUUCAAUUUCAGGUAGCUCUGUUCCAAAAUCUGAACUAGAAAAGGAGUGCCCUGUUCAGAUUAAAGACCAAACACCCUCUAAAAACUUACAAGACACAACAGUUGAAUCAAGACAAAAUGAAAAUACUUUAGACUCAACUGAUAUGACGCACUCAACCUUACAAACUAGAGAUAUCAUUAACAAGGAGCUUGUUGGAGAGGCAGUUGGUCAGAACCGAAUGUUUAAUGACGACCUAUUUGGUGAUUUUGCGGAAAGUAAACCCAAGGAAAAGAACAGUAGAAGAAGAAAUGGAGAAAGACCAACUAGUAAAGCAGAACGUGCUUCAUCUCAAGAGAAAGACGUUGGGAGUGGUUCUGAUUUAGUUUCAGAGAGUAUAAGCAAAUCUGCUGUUGAAACUAUCAAUGACGACGAGAUAAAGGAAAAGGAGGUUGAAACAGCCACAUUGCGCGAAGAAGACUUAACCAGCUUGAUUCAGGAGAAUGAGAGGUUGGAGAACGAAACAGAAAUGCUCAAAGGGAAAGUUAUCAACGAAUUGAACCAAGAUCUAACAGAGCUUGAAAAAUUAGAGGUUGGAAAAGGUGCCACGCCAGUAAAAAAGACAAAGAUCUUUCCGCAUAUUCCUCCUAUGUCCCCACCUAAACGUAGGAUAAGCUUCCAAAGAUCACCUUCGUUUGCUGAACUAUUCCAAGGGAUGAAGACUGUUCUUGAUGAACGUGAUGCAAGGUACAAUUGGAAGAGGCUGCCGAGUGAGAUGUCUUUGGAUGAUAGUUUGCUGCUAAACUCCACUAGCGAAAUUACUAGCAAGCCUUCAAGAAAUGGAUCGCGGAUGAAAAAGAUGGCGCCGGUCCCUGAAGAACCAAAGACCGACGUCAAAAUGAACCACGUUUCUGAUCAAGACUCUACAAAACAAGCGGUGAAUCAACCAUUAGAUCGUCCAAACUCUAACGCGUCGGGCAGAAUUUCAGCCGAAGUUGAAGGAGUUGUCGAUGCGAUGUUUCAACGAAUGCCUGCAGUUCAAACGACCUCAAAGCCACCUUCUCCCACAAAGACGUCCUCUCCUUUCAGAGUCGUUAAUGCUUCUCCCACAAAGUAUGUGAAUAGAAGACCCAUCUCGCCAGUUGGAAUUGAGGAUGAUCCCACUACAUUUCAACCACAAAGAGUAUUAGAUCCAAGACAUCCAGCGACCGAGCACGUUUCUGCAAAUAGCUCCAACGCGACAUCUGAUUACUUCCUUCCUUCCGAUGUUAACGAAGAAUCCGAAAAGCGCUGGCUAGAAUUCUCAUACGCAUCACAAGAUGCAACCCAUAUACUUGGUGGCCAAAAGGAUGCUGUCAGGAAAAUGUCUAACGAAACAUUAGAAGAGAGAAACUAUUUGACUCCACUGGAAGAUCCGACAGAAGUUUUCCGGAAAGAAGAAAAAGUGGUUGAUGAUGAUGGCAGUAGUAUGGUGCAUGAGGAUAAGUUUCAAAAUGUUACGGCGGAAAUAUCUAGCAGGGCCACAUCAAAAAACAACAGCGUUAAAAUCACCAGUCCGCAACCUUCCAGACGCUUAACACAACCGCAAAUAUUGGUAAAAGAGACUAUACAACCCAAGUCAAAUGCCACACAAAAAACAGAGCCACUUCUUGAUGAUAUGGAAUUCAGCUCAUUCAACAUGACAUUCGACACUUCUAUCGUAACCGACAACGAUCAUCAAAGUCAAACACAGUCAAAUGAUCUUCUAAUAAAGGGUGGUGGUCGUCCCACCUCCGAAGUGUUUAAUGGGGCACCGACCUUGAUAGCUUCACGGAACUCGCAGCCGAAUCCUACUGUUUAUCGGUUAUCAAGAGACAUGUUUUCGGGUCUAAGCGCUGCUAGUAAGCCCAAUCAAACGUUUGGGGAGGAAGAUCCGAUAUGGAUAUCUCCAAGUAAAAUCAAUUUCAAUGAGAUGAGUAAGAUUAGCCCGGAGAAGGCAGAUGGUACGAAAGUGACGGUGACAGAACAGUCGCCUUAUAACUUGCUUGCGUCUUCUUCCAAACAACAGAAGAGAACGUCUUUGGCAAGUGACUCAUCCUUCGCCUUUUUGGCAAACUUUUUGGACGGGGAUGGUAACGAUUUGAGUACUGCAGAUGCUUCGUAUAGGGACGAUAAGCCAACACGGCUUCAUUUUGUCUAA